AUGUCGACAUUUCGACUCCUUGCCCUGAUCAGUACUAGGCAGAAUGGCAAACUUCUUCGAGCAGACCAAUUUCGCCUUUACAAUCCCGGCACAAAUGGAGUUGUUUUCUCGCGGACGAGUGAAAAACCCGAGUUUGGGACUGUCUCAAAUAAACUUAGGACCUUCGACGACCAAUGUUUCACCUUUGAACCAGAAGAUAUGGAAAUGAUCAACAUUAAGUAUGAGCUUGAGAAUUGUGUCAUGGGGAGUACCCCGCCUACAAGCGUUUUCUCACAGGAUACGGUAAACACCACUUCGGUGGUACAAAAUCCAUCCCUGCAGUUUACGGUAACUACAACACAACAGUCCACUUUUGAAACUGAAUCUGGGAUAGAGUUAGGUACUUUGACUAAGUUCAGUGCCGGAGUACCUGUUAUCGUAGAGACUUCGGUGGAGAUGAGCACAAAGCUCCAUGAAAACUUGUCAUGGGGCACUAUGAACAGUCACUCUAAGAUUAUUCAAACCAAUCUGGUAGUGGCCGUCCCUCCACACACGGCUAUCAGAGCCACUGCAACUAUGACUGAAUUUACGAGUAGUUUACCCUUCACGGCGAGAUGGAAAUCGGUGGACACCGAGAAGACAAUCGUUGCCCGGGGGAUUUACAAGGGUGUCAACAGCUCGAACUUGAGAACCAACUACUACCCAAUCCAGAAACCAAAGGCCCCUUGA